AUGGAAAACAGCACAGUAGCCUUCUCAGUCAUUCAAGACCUCAUCCACUGGCCACUUCCACCCUCAGACCCCAGCGUCAACAACUUUGGAGAAACCCAUGCCGGUAGCAGCGUAGGAUCAUUGGCGUUCUCGGACGAUCAGUCGUUCAACGAACUCCCGCUUACGGCAGGGGCAACUGAGGAACUUGAUGAAGAGCCACCAGAACGGCAGCAGGCGCGGUACGCUGCGGUGCGACGUCUAAUGGCACUGUCGUUAGCUAUGGGUGAAGAGUGGGCAAGGCAAGAGGUAGUACCAUACCUGCUGCGUUGCUUGGAGGAGGAAGAUGCAGAACUCAGCUUUUCAGUUGGUCUAACCGUCAUGGACUUUGGCUCGUUGCGCACAUCUUCCUCUUCGCCUCUAACAAUAAGGGAUCUGAUCCCCGUUGUUGCACGCAUGGGCGAGUCAGCGGAUAGUGGCGUGCGCCACUUCCUCGUUGAAGUAGUUAUCCCAACGCUGUUCUUCGGCGUUUCGCUGGAAUGUAGUGUUGACCUUCGCGAAUGGAGGGCGAAGUAUGUAAAAACUCCUCCUUGCAGCAAUGACUUUAGCGAGGCGAGUGAUGAGUUAGGGUUUGGCCGGACCUCAAAGCAGGGAGACUCCACUCGUUGUGGAGUGAACGGUCGCUUUGAGGGGUCACGUAUAAAUGACCGCAAUGAUAUACACUGCGCUGCUGGUACGUCUAAUGACGUGUGGGAUCCGUUUCAGAUAAACCUUCACGCAAGUAAACUGCGCGGGGCCAUAACUGACUACCUUAACAACGUUUGCAAAUAUGCAUCAGAGCGAGCUGAAGAGCCUGGUGUUACAGCAAGUUUGAUAGCCCGUAGCUCCGCCCUCGACCCUUCUAAUUACUCGGGAAACCGUGAGCGUUGUGAUGCGUUUCAUCACCGAUGGACAAUGUUUCUUGGACUUAUGGAAACAAUGCUGCGGUCGCGUUACGUUGCGGCUGUGGCCGCCGCAGUGCAGUGCGUAAGCAAUGUGUUCGCAUCUAUCACAUGGGCAAUGCGCGUAGACGAAAACAACAGAGGUGUUUCCACAUCUACCCUGAUGAAUUCUGUAGAGGAGCUGGUGGAGUUUACCUUUGUCGCGACGAGGACGCAUGUGGGGCGGUCUAUUCUCAGUUGCACACAGGAACCCUGCAAAGAGCUAAUGCAACUUUUGGUUGAAGCGCAAGUUUUUGUGUCGGGGGGUGGUGGUUCGCCAAUAGCGAAAGUGGAGAGUGCGAAGAAUGUUAGCGACUCCGGAGAUACAAAGUCUGGCAAGGCAGCAAAUGCCGUGGUGGAUGAUGGCAGUGGGCGUCACACCAUCCAACUCGGUCUUGCGGGAUGCACCGCCUCUCAGCGAGACGUUUGGGAUGCGUGUUUGACUGCCGCGGACGCUAAAAGAAUGCCGAACGUGCUGUUUGUGAGUAUCCUUCGCUCUCUUCCCCUGCUUCUUGACUGGUCCAACGCAUCGAAUCCCAAAAUGGCAACUGCAUAUGAAGCUGGUUUAUGCUUCCUUACCGUGUGUAAUAUCUUUAGACAUGCGAUCACUCCCCUCGUUCCGCACCAGGAUGGAGGUAAUUAUGACGGCGUCUCCCCAGAAGGUGGAAUCCGUGGUGGCAACAAGAGUAGGGGGAAUUUUAGCAGAUCGGUAAAGAAGGAGGUCAGUGCGCCCCAACCAUUCAUUGGCAAUGCGGCGCUGAUGCUUGAGAGUGCCGCUUGCCGCGACUUCACUGUUUCUGAGGCGGUCCUUGAUGGCUUGCAACAACUGCUGGAUGAGCUGCAACGACCGCACGCUAUAGAAGACUUCUUGCGUGACGGGACAUCUAGCGCACGACUCACGCUGAGGGAAAAGAUAUCGCUAUUGCGGCAGCUCUGCUCCCUCUACCGUGACUGCGUCGUGCACUUGGCCUCAGCGCCUUCCUGGAAAACACGUUGGCUGGUAACGCAGCGACUUCCUGAGUUGACGGGCUCCAUCAUCAUGUUGCUUUGUCGCAUUGGCUGUCACCAUCCUAUUGAUGGCCCCUCACUGGUGGAGGAAUGCGUGGUGUAUCUCUGCCGUUUGCACACGGAGCUGUGGGCAGGCCCGAAGGAGGGAGACGGUGAACUGCAAGAAAUGGCUCAGGAUGAGGAAGAGGAAGUACGUUGUGUCAUUGGCGUAUGCGCGGCACGUGUUUUCACGGCAAUUGGACAAGGUAUGGUCCGGCUUACGUUCCCCGGUGGUUUGGUGAAGGAUCUACGUGUGAAAAAUGCGGAUAAAAACCGUCCUGAUAUGGGGACAGCGGCAGGUAAUUAUUACAACGAUCCCAUCAGCCCUGGAGUUCACUACAAAAGCAGCAGCGCCAAAGAAAGUAUUUCGAGUUGUAACACUGGCCCAAACGAAGUACUACUUGCUACAAGUACGGUAACAAAGAAUCUCCCGCAACUGUUUGACGUGGUGUUUGCGUGUUGUGCUGGCCUUUUGCAGGACAAGGAGGAACGUGUGCGGUCAGGGGCCGCUGCUGCUUUAUCUGUUCUGUCGCGGACGCUCAGCACCAUGGUGACCGUUUGUGAGUUUAAUCCACGUGGUGUUCCCAAAGCCGAUUGGUUAGACUGCCUUAAUAGGACCACUAGCCUACUCAUGGAGUUGCUUGGGGACUGUAGUCCAAUAGUGCAGUUGUCACUUGUAUCGGAGCUGGUAGCACUGCUCUCCACGAGGACCGCUGGUGCUGGGAAACUGGCGGCCAUUAUGGGCAGUUAUGGAAAUGGCAAGGCACUGGAACUCCGCGAGGGUGCACUGACUGCCUGCUUAAACAGGCUUUCUAAGCACGAAAUAUGGCGGUAUCGAGCAGAGUAUGCAACACUUUUGGCAGAGAUGUGCUUAAGGUUCCUUGCACCCAACUCACUUGCAGCUGCUGAACUUGAUGUCAGUCGCACGCCACGGAGCGUACACCUGCUAGAGAUUGGUUUGCGCGAAAGUCGCAACGUCGAAAGUGCAAGAAAGCCCUGUGGAGCAGUUUUCGCCGAGGAUGGGGUAGACCCUUUACACUGUUUUGCGAAAGAGGAGUUGCUUCCGCUGCUUGUUGAUGUACUCUUUGACAAGGUGAAGGCUGUACGGGACAGUGCUCUGGAAUCGUUGGUUCAUAUGUGUGAACGACUAUCAGCUGCGCGCCGCCUACUAAAACAAGAACUGUCUCCAUCAAGUGAUGAGUUAAGGUGUAGCAGGGGCAGAGAUAUUCUGACAGGUGCGAUGCGGGAAGUGGGAAGAGGUGGUCCGCUCCACGGCAGCGGCACCGGAGGUCUAUUGCGGAAGAAGCAGUCACUUUGCAGUCGCUUUUGUUACGACAACGAGGAUGAUGUUUUUAUCAGCGACACCUUGUGGCCCCUUAUUGUGAACUCUCCGAAAGCUAUGGCCACGUACCUCAGCAGGAGCUCCCUCCUGCGCAUUGCUGUACGCAUUGGAGUCGAUAAGAGAUCCAUUCUGCUUCCGCUGUUUGAUCAACUUGGUCACGACCCUGUGCUAAAUGUGCGGUUGGUCGUGGCGAAGGAGUUGUACGGUAUACUCGAAAUUUCUCCUGGCGUCGCCGCGAGUGGUGGAAGCACUGGCUCUAAUGCAUUGCCAAAGACUUUCUUCACUGAAAAAGAAAAGAAUGGCGUUGUGUUGGAUUUAUUGAGAUUGUUGGUGGAAGACAAAUCAGCAGAUGUACGAGACGAAGCGGCGAAAGCACUGAAGCUUUGUUUUUAA